CACCAACAUUCUCUCUUAUUCCAUCUUCUCAUUCUUUUUCUGAAACCUUUUCCUCAAUUUCUCUCUUUAGUUUUUUUUUUUUAAACAUUCAUUUAAUUAUUGGUAUUUUAUAGUCUUUUUGAUGGGAGAUCACUCUCAUUCUCGUCAUCGUCGUCGUCAUGAUCAUGAGGACGAGCAUGAUCAAGAUCGAGAUGAAGACCACAAUCACGAUCGUCAUCGUUCAAAUACGUCUGGCAUUAUUGGCUUGUCAUGCAAAGCAUACAAAUCUAUUGUUAAUAAAUGGUGUUCUGAUAGAAAUUCUCCAAAGGAAGAGGAAGGCAAGAUCAAAGAUCAUGAUGAUUCUUCCAAGAAAGGUAAUAAAAAGGAACAAGAAGAUAAAUCAAAAAAAGGUGAGAAACAUUCAAAAAGAGAGAAACAAAAUAGGCUAAGUGCGGACGAGAGCAUGUUUUCUCGUCAGUUUUCGUUUCUUUCGAAGAGUUCGAGUAGGAGGAGCCACACACCUACACCUGUACCGACUUAUUUGUCAAAGAGUUCGAUCCGGACAUCUAAUAGCCCUUCGAGAUUCUCGCUUUCGAGAACUUUUAGUAAAAAGGGUCGAGACGAAGAUGAAACACCACAAAAACAACAACAGAAGAGAAGUGUUAGUGUCAAUCGAGCUUCCACUCUUUCGAGAAGUUUGAACCGAAAAGGCAAUUCAGAAACCGAAAAACCUAACCUUUCGAGAAGUACAAGCCAAAGGAGCACCACUCCUAUUAUAUUCUCACACUCCAUUGCUCGGAGAAAACCUUUGCCAGUCGAAAAAACACUUGAAUGCACCUUGGAGGAGCUCUGUCAUGGAGGGCUAAAAAAGAUCAACAUCGUAAAAGAUGUCAUUUCUGAAGAAGGAAUGAUAGUCAAGCAAGAGGAGACACUAACAAUUAACGUAAAGCCGGGAUGGACCAAAGGGACGAAGGUUACCUUCGAAGGCAAGGGCGAUCAGAAACCGGGUUACCUUCCGGCCGACAUCAUCUUCACGAUUCAAGAGAAGAGGCACGAGCUAUUCAAGCGAACCGGCGACGAUCUGGAGAUAGUCGUCGAGAUCCCGUUGGUUAAGGCCUUGACGGGCUGUUCCUUGUCCGUUCCGUUGCUCGGAGGUGAAACGAUGAGCAUACACGUCAGUGAGGUCAUAUAUCCGGGAUACGAAAAAGUGAUUCAUGGCCAAGGGAUGCCUAACGUUAAAGGAGACAAACGAGGUGACUUGAGGAUUACGUUUCUCGUUAAGUUUCCGACGGAACUCUCCGACGAACAGAGAUCGGAGACGUGUAGUAUAUUGGAAGGUUGUUGUUGAGAGCUCAAGAACAAAGAGGGUCUAAAUCAGAUAAGGGAAAGGAAAAAGCAGUCGAGUAGCCUAUCCAAGAAUCUGCUCAAAAUAUCCGAGGUAAGUUUUGAGUAGUUUCCUUUAAUAUAUAAUUGAUGCUAGUUUAUAAGAGUAUAAUAGGUGAAUUGAAAUUCAGUUAGCACUUGUACAAAGUUGUUUAAUAAACAAUGCGUGUAUAUGACUUUGAGGUCGAUGGUAACUUUGAGUUUAAGCUUGAAUGGCGAAAUGAUUGUGUGAUAUUAGGUAUAAUUUUUGAGUUGAAAUGUUAAUGAUGAUGUGCCUAUUAAACUUA